AUGUUUGGGAAGAUGUCCUUUACUCCUUACCUGUACAGCAUGCGAGAAAGAGAAGCCUUUCACACCGAAUCACAUCUACGAUGUCGGAUGUCAUCGAGAUCUGUGUCAGGUUGCACAGGACGCCAUGGAUUUCAGACCAAAAGGACUCGUCAGCGACUCGCCAUGGAGAUUGUCUCAUGCUCUGCACCUAUAACGCCAGGACAGUCUCCACCAUCUCCACGCCCUUCUCGAAGCUGCAGGGCGCAUCAAGAACCACGUAAUCGCCUUGCAGGAAACAAAGUCCAGGAAGAAGUACGUGAGGCAGCUGAGUGA